AUGGCUCAGUAUCCUAAUGACGUCUGCGCCCACGUCUUCCUGUCGUGGGUGUGGCCCCAGCUGCGCACGAUGCAGGACCGCUGGCAGCAGCACGAGCUCGGCGAGCGCGUGAUCAGCGAGGCGGAGCGCGUCGAGCUGACGGAGUGGUCCGUGGUGCUGCGCAGGGUCCUGCCGCUGCUGCUGACGGCCCUGGGGCAGGUGCAGGCCAUCGACGGCAUGACGCUUGCCGGCGCCGCCUACGCGUUCUCCCGGCUGCAGCUGCAGGCGCACGAGAAGAGGAGCGGCAAGGCGGAGCUGGCGAGGGCCAUCGAGCGCCUCGAGCGCGACCUCGCCACCACCACGAGUCCAGGGCCUCGGGCGGCCGACCAACGGGUGUGCGAGGUGUCCGCGUGCGUCUCCUUCGACCCGCCUUCGCUCCGGCCGCCCAGCCACGCGCUCUUCGACGAGGAGGGCGAGGCUGCGACCCUGAUCCUGCAGCCGCUGCCGCGCCUGAUGCAGGACCCGGACCGCCUUUGCAUGUUGACCCGGCUCUACGCCAGCUGGAUCGACCUCUCCCUGCGCGCGCACUUAAAGGGCGCUGGGACCAGCGUGAAGCGCGCCGCGGCCCCAGGCGACCCGCACGAGCACCUGGCGAUUCUGGAGGCCGGCAUCUCGAAACGGCUGGCCCUCAGCAACCCGGAGGCCGUGCUGCUCUCCCGGCUCGGGGAGAACCCGUACCUCCGGUGCUUCUUCUUCCUCGCGGUGGCGAGGCGCCGCCCCGAGGCCGCAAGCCAGGCGCUCGGCAAGGCGUGCGAGGAGGUCGAGAAGGCGGUGGCGCAGGAGCUCGAGCUCUGGGCCUUCUGCGAGAAGGAGCUCGACCGGCAACAGCAGGUUCUACGCAACGGGGAGGAGUUCGAGGCGCGCUUCCGGAAGAAGCAGGCGAGCACUGGAAAGAAGUUGCAGGCCCACCCGCCGCUGCCGUUCAGCCGCUCGCCCGGGGCCAUCCGCCUGCGCACCCCGCCCCUGCUGGGCAGCCAGGCGCC